GACACUAGCAUUUCGAACGGUGGCGGUAGUCACCGACUAGUGGUUACAGCACCAAGAGCGGGGCUGUCUUUUUUUAUAACAUUCUAGUGGUUUCUGCUUCCGUGUGCGGAGCUCGUGAACGAAAGUGUGAGAACAAGUGAAAACUCUGGGAUACUGUGUUUCCGCAGGAUUUUAGAGAGACCCAUCGAAUUUGACUUUGGAUCGGCCUGAGGACGAGGACCGAGCAUCGACGGAGGAGUCGGAGUUAUGGGAAACUUCGAGGAGUAAACCACUACACACCGAGGACGUUGAGACUCGAUUCACUUCAGUAUCUGUUUGAAAGAUAUUCAAGAUGAAUUCCGGGAGUGUGACCCAGUUCAAGGACGCUUUCUGGGGUCCGAAUGGAUUUGACGAACUUCGAAAGAUCGUAAGGCAAGGCUCGGAGUUCACCAAAGAAAUAGCAAAUAUCCUCAGCGAAAGGUCUGAACUUGAAACACAUUACGCUAAAAGUCUCUUCAAGCUCGCAGUCAAACUGAGCAAAGCCGCAAAAGAUAAUUUCGGGUCGAGUGCGAACGCGUGGUGCAAUGUUUCCGUCCAGAUGGAAGUUGAGGCCGAGACCCAUCGAGCGUUCUCCCUGUCGUUGACGGAGGAGGUGGUCAAACCUGUGCGACAUCUCUGUGAGAACCAGGCUAAAACUCGGAAAAACUUAGAAAACGGGGUAGACAAGAAACAGAAGGCAUUCCAAGACAAACGAGCUGAGGAGCUCAAAUUCAAGAGACAGACUUAUCAGAAUCAGCGGGACGUGGAACGACUCCAUCGGGACGUCGAAAGCACCUCAACUGAAAAAGAACUCGCCAAAAUGCAGGCCAAAAAAGCAAAGGCCGAGGAAAGCCUCGUGAAGUCAGACGUUUUAUAUUACCAAAGCUGCCUGGCUGCUGAGAGGAGCAGACAGGAGUGGGAAGCUUCCAUGUAUGACUGCGCGCGAAGCUUCGAACUCAUGGAGAAGGAUCGAUUGACUGGUCUCGUUGAAGCCGUACAGAGGUAUACGUUCAGCCUAUCUCUAGUCGGUCCUGCAACAUCCAGUUGCGUGGAGAGGCUGGAGCGGAGUACAGGGAACGUCAGCCCCGCGAACGACAUCCUGGAAAUCGUUCGACGCAAAGGCACAGCACCGAACGUCCCAGAGCAGCACCUUCCGGAUUUCUUCGCUGAGGAUCUCUCAAAUCAGAUGCAAUUGGAUAGGCGGAAGGAGUCCCUCGAGAAAUUUCUCAUGAUGAUCAUGAGGGAUCUCGAAAUGGAACGGAAGGGCCGAGAGGGCGUGGAGAGCCUGGCCAGGGUGUUCCAGGAAACACCGCGCUUCGGUGAUGAAGGAGCUCAGGCCGAUGUGCGAGAGAAGUUACGGCAGCUCAAGCAGACGUUGGCCUUCCUCGAAGCGACACGGUAUAAAAUCCAAUGCGUGCUUCUGAGUCUAGACGGUCAACUACGUCCCUCCCAUCCGCUGAGCGCCCACAUCGAACAGCACAGGGACAAGCAGGGUCAUCCGCAGAGUAUUUUGAAGAUACCGACGUGGAUCGCCAGAGGUGGACUCGACGCCGAACGAACGGACUCACAGAACUCCGAUAAUUCAGAAGGCAUCCAUUCAGGGGAAUCAGACGUCGUUGUGAACAGCGCGUACGGAUCGGAUUUUGAAGAUGGGGAAUUCUCCGAGGACGAGCUGACCGAAGUUCCGAACCGAAUGUCCGACAACCCCAUCUACGAGAGCAAUUUCCCGCGUCCCAGCAGCAUUAGCUCGCUGAAGUCACAGUCGUCCAAGGGGCGACCGCCCCAGAACUCAGAAUCGUUCUCUCAAUGUAAAGUUUUAUAUGAUUUCGAUGCCACAGAAUCCGGGGAGCUCUCACUCAAACAGGGCGACAUAGUCACGGUCAUCCGAAAGAGCGAAGAUGGUUGGUGGUUCGGAGAGACUCUGAAAGCAGGAAUCCUCCGUCGAGGCCAUUUCCCGGCAACCUACGUCGAAGACGCUCACGUAUGAAACGAAGGAAUCGAGCUGGCCCUCCAACUGCAAUAAUGUGAUUUCUGCUCGAAUUCCGAAUAAA